AUGAGUACUCCAUUUGGUUUAGAUUUUGGUAACAACAACUCUGUUUUAGCUGUCGCUAGAAACAGAGGUAUUGAUGUCGUCGUCAAUGAAGUUUCUAACCGUGCCACUCCAUCUUUGGUUGGUUUUGGUAUGAAGAACAGAUUCUUGGGUGAAGCUGGUAAGAACAAGCAAACCUCUAACAUCAAGAACACUGUUGAAAACAUCAAGAGAAUCGUUGGUCUAGACUACGAACAUCCAGAUUUCGAACAAGAAGCUCAACAUUUCUCCACCAAGUUGGUUAAGUUGGAAGAUGGUAAAAUUGGUAGUGAAGUUAGAUUUGUUGGUAAGAAUGAAACUUUCAACGCUACUCAAUUGGCUGCUAUGUUCAUCGACAAAGUCAAGAACACUGUCAUUGAUGAAACUAAAUCAACCAUCACCGAUGUUUGUAUUGCUGUCCCAUGUUGGUACACUGAAGAACAACGUUACACUAUUUCUGACGCCGCUAGAAUCGCAGGUUUGAAGCCAGUUAGAAUCGUUAACGAUGUUACUGCUGCCGUCGUCUCUUAUGGUAUCUUCAAGACUGAUUUACCAGAAGGUGAAGAAAAACCAAGAAUCGUCGCUUUCGUCGAUAUUGGUCACUCCACUUACACCUGUUCCAUUGCUUCUUUCAAGAAGGGUUCUUCUAAGAUCUUGGGUACUGCUUACGACAAACAUUUCGGUGGUAGAGAUUUUGACCGUGCUAUCACUGAACAUUUCGCUGAUGAAUUCAAAGGUAAGUACAAGAUUGACAUUAGAGAAAAUCCAAAGGCUUACAACAGAGUUUUAUCUGCUGCUGAAAAGUUGAAGAAGGUUUUGUCCGCUAACACUGCUGCUCCAAUGUCCAUCGAAUCUGUUAUGAACGAUGUCGAUGUCUCUUCUCAAAUGACCCGUGACGAAUUAGAAGCAUUAGUUAAACCAUUGUUGGAACGUGUCACUGAACCAGUCACCAAGGCUUUAGCCCAAGCUAACUUGACUCCAGAAGAUGUUGACUUCGUCGAAAUUAUUGGUGGUACUACCCGUAUCCCAACCUUGAAGGAAUCUAUCUCCAACGCCUUCGGUAAAGAAUUGUCUACUACUUUGAACCAAGAUGAAGCUAUUGCUAAAGGUGCUGCUUUCAUCUGUGCCAUGCACUCCCCAACUGUUAGAGUUAGACCAUUCAAAUUUGAAGACAUCCACCCAUACUCUGUUUCUUACAGCUGGGACAAACAAGUUGAAGAUGAAGAAUCUAUGGAAGUCUUCCCAAAGAACUCUACUUACCCAUCUUCUAAGAUUAUCACUUUGAACCGUACCGGUGACUUCUCCAUGAAGGCUUUCUACACCAACAAAGAAGAAUUAGUUGAAGGUAUUUCUACUGACAUUGCUGAAUACACUAUCUCAGGUGUCCAAGUUCCAGAAGGUGCUGAAUCUGUCCCAGUUAAGGUUGUUUUGAGAUGUGACCCAUCCGGGUUCCACAUCAUCCAAGAAGCUUACACCGUUGAAGACAUCACUGUUAAAGAAGCUUUGCCAUUGCCAGAAGAUGCUCCAGAAGAUGCUGAACCAGAAUACAAAGAAGUCACCAAGACUGUCAAGAAAGAUGAUUUGACUAUCACUGAAAAGACAUUUGCUCUAUCCGAAGACAAAUUGAGAGAAUACACUGAAAAAGAAGCUGAAUUACAUGCUCAAGAUAAAUUGGUUGCUGAAACUGAAGAUCGUAAGAAUACUUUGGAAGAAUACAUUUACUCUUUGCGUUCUAAGAUCGAAGAAGAAUACGCUAACUUUGCUUCUGAUGCUGAAAAGUCAAGAUUAUCUGAAAUGUUGAAUAAAGCUGAAGAAUGGUUAUACGACGAUGGUUACGAUUCCACAAAGGCUAAGUACAUUGCCAAAUACGAAGAAUUGGCAUCCUUAGGUAACAUGAUUAGAGGUAGAUUCUUGGCCAAGCAAGAAGAAUUGAAACAAGCUUUGAAAUCUAAGUCUGAAGCCUCUAGAAUGGCUGAAUUAGCUCAAAAGUUAGCAGCUGACAGAAAGGCUGAAGCUGAAAAAGAAGCUGAAGCUUAA